UGUGACGUCAUCAUUACUUUUCCCCUUAUAAGGAGCACCUGGACAGAUUGAACCUCAGUGUGAUUCAAACCGUGGUACAGGAACUUCCAGCGGCCUGCCAGGUACGAAGAGAAAAAGAAUCAAACUCCACGGAAGCCAAUCCAAACCUUCUAAAAACCUACAACAUGACGAUCAACUACCUCAACGAGACUGCCAUCAGGACCCCGGGCGGCGCUGGGGCAACUGCGGGGUCUAUUACUCUUCAGGUCGCCAAUCUACUGUGGGGAAUCGCUGCCGUCCUCCCAGCAGCCAUGGGGCGUAGAAGGAGACAUGCCCCGGGCUCCUCUCAGUUCUUCAAGCAGCAGGAGGAGGAAGGGGGCUUGCUCAGGAAUGUUUUGUUCAAGGUUCUGGAUGACUUGGAUAGCCCGUCCUGCCUCCCCCUGGCCCUGUGUCACGCCGCCACCCUGCCUGAGAGUUUACGGACACCUGACCACCGCGCCAUUGUCUCCCUCCUCAGUCCCGAAACAGCCUUCCCCGUCGCCUGGCCAGACAUCACCAAGCCCGCUGCCAAGUACCAAUACGCAGCUUUCCUUGGACAAUGGGCGGGAAGCUCCGGGGUGCCUGAGGAGUGUCGCCGCGUGUUCCCCACCUGCAGUUUGUCAGGCGCCGAUGUGAUCAAUCUUGUGGCCAGUUGGAAGCUUCCGUGCAAAGAUGAGGCCACGGCUAACAAGAUCGAGCAGUGAAGAGUGUGUUAGAGGAUUGGGUGGUGCGAUAGAACACCGAGAGAUAAGAUAGAAUAGUUGAUAGUAAGAUAUCGCAGUUAAUAAUAAGAUAUAACGACCAAUAGUAAUCUAGAGCAAUGAAUGACGAUAUAAAGCAGUAGAUAAUAAGAUAGAGCGACAAAUAACAGUCUGGUUGAAAGAUAGGAUAGAAUUGAUAAAACUCGGAUAUCUGAUUAACAUUUAGGAAGCAGUGAAGUUCUGUGUUCUAGUUAGACAUACUCAGGUUGAUAUACGCGUAGUUUCAUGUAUAGCCCCUUUUUUGUGUUGUUUAUUAUGCAUUGUAUAGUUAAUAGUGUAGCAAAGGGUUGUAUGACAUGUGAAUACAGUCUUUCCGUCUCUGUUUUUGUCAAUACUCGUGUCAUUUGUUGUUUUGUUACUGUGUAUUUGUUACUAACACGUUGAGCUUUUGAUUAAAGAAGAUUUGUACUAUUAUUA